GCUACUUGUUUCUAGACAACAUUCCUCUUGUUAUUGCCAUUGAGCUUCAUAGACUUUGCCUAGGUACUCUUCAAUAUCUGUGUAUUCGGUAACGAGUAUCCUUCUUCACGUGCCUCCUCGCCUCCGUCGAAUUCGUUCACCAUCUAUCAGCGAUCGAAAAUGGCUUCCGAGAUCAACAAUGUGGAAAAUUCCGCAGCGGCAAGACUCCUCCAAAAGCAUGCUGAGAAUCCUCUCCAUGUCACCGUCGAGGAUGUGCCUGACGAAGAGUUGAAAUCGUCUCCCACCGCCGAUACCCCCGAGAAGUCUUCGUGGGCGCAGACCCCUUCCGCUAAAGCUGCUGGAAAGCAGCCCGCCCAAGACUCGGGUCGCCUCGAUACCCAAUCGCAUGAAGCCUUCCCAGAGCUUGGUGUCCCCAAAACAACAGCUGCUUCUAAGUCUAAUAUAUCUCCCAUCUGGGGUGGCGCGAGGGCGAAUGGCAAGGCUAAUGGAUCCUCAUGGUCAGCUAAUGGUACUCCUCGCACCUCUACCCCGGCUUCAGGGGUCUCUACUCCCACUGGAGUACCACCACCUGUAUCGAUACCUGGUCGUAAUGUCGAGACACUCCUUUUGGAGUCUCGGUAUGUUUUGCCUCGCAAUCAGCUCAAGCGCCCAAUUCAGGAUAUCGUGAAGGAUAUUAAUCGCAAGUCUCGUGCUGUUAUCAGCCUGGCUCCAGCGCCCAGCGGUCAUCUCAAGUUUGAAGCCACUGGGCCUCAGGACAAGGCCCAGCAGGCUCUUCGAGAGUUGGUCCAACAGAUCGGGAUUAAGACCUCUGUAACAGUCCCGAUCCCAUUAUCCGCCAGGGCACAUAUCAUUGGCAAGCAGGGAUCUACGAUUAAGUCUAUCCAGGAGAAGUCUGGCGCCAAAAUUCAGUUGCCAAAGCCCGACGAAAGCGCAGCUAACUUGGAAGACGACGAGGAUGCCACGAUUGAUGUCUUUGUCGAGGGUAAUGCCCUCUCGGCAGCCCUAGCUCGCGACGCUAUCAACAAGAUAGUUGGGGAACGAUCUGCGAAUGUUAGUACGAAACUGAAAUCUAUCCCGGCCGAGUUCUAUCCGUUCAUUGCUGGUCCGAAUAAUAAGCUCACCUCGGCACUGGAAUCCGAGCACGGAAUCCAAAUCCGGGUGCCACCUCAUCAGCCAUGGUCCUCCUCGGUUCCACAAGUACCAGUGGCAGGACAGAGACCGACAUUCGCGGCACCUACUAAUGACAACUAUAUUCAACUUGCUGGUGACCGUGCUGCGGUUCAGGCCGCGCGAGCUGCGAUCGAACGCCAGGUCCAGGAGCUUCAAAACCAAUUACUGCUCGAUCAGGUUGAGAUCCGCCAAGGCACUCAUCAGUUUAUUAUUGGCGAUCGGGGCAUUCCUACCGAGGACUUCUUUGCCGACACCAAUUGCGUUGUUGUUUUGCCCAACACGCCCGGCAUUGAUACCGUUACAGUUAUCGGCCGAGCUGAUGAUGUGAACGUUGGACUCGAAAAGGCUAUGGAUCUCGCAACACAAGUGCACACCUCCGUUUUUGACGUUGCGAAACACCACAGCCAUGCUGUGGGAGGUGCUCCGAUCUAUUCGCGGGAUAUCUCACGUUACCUCCGCCAGAGGAAGGAGAUCGAACGCUUGGAGAAGCUCUACCAAAUCCACAUCAACACCCCUUAUUCAGAGGGUAUAGUCAGUCCGUGGGAGUUGUACGCCAGAGAGGGCAAAAAUGCUCUUAAGGCCCAAAAAGAAAUGAGCUCCAUCAUAAACAGCCACCCUCCCUCUCGAUUGGCAACGGUUCCGGUCGAUUCCUUCUUUCACUCGUUCCUCAGGAGUGAUAUUGGGCCUAGGGUUCAGAAUGACUUUGGUGUCAAUUUGAUCGUGCCGGACGGAUCGGAAGGUGACCUCCCGGUGCUUCUAGUCUAUGAGGGUGAAGCCGCUCCCGAAGAGACGUAUCAAGUUCCCCAGAAGGUUCCGACUGGUUCAGAUCUAGAACAAUUCCGGCGAAGAUUAUCCGAGGCUCGAAAACACAUCCUAGAACUCAUUAACAAACAGGAACAGAUCAUCACGGAGACUCUUGAAGUACCACUCAAAUUCCAGGAUAAGCUCCGAAGGUUCAUUAAGAAGGAGCAGGAUGUGACGACUCGCGCAGCCGGUGAUAUCCCUGUUAGAGUCAGCGUGAAAGGCACUACGGUCACAAUGCGAGGCCCCUCUUCCAACGUCGAGUCCCUCUCGAAAAAAGCGGCAGACUUUGUCGAGCAGGAGAAGAAAGACGAAAAGGAGCGCGAUAAUUCACUUAAAUUCGACUUCCCACAGAAGUUUGCCAACCAUCUUAUUGGGAAGGGUGGCAGCCAUAUCAACGAACUACGUGAGAAGUUUGACGUGGAUAUUCAGGUCCAGAAUGGAGAGGUCGAGCUGAAAGGUCCAAAAGCCAAGGCUGAGCGAGCAAGGUCCCAUAUCCAAUCCCUUGCUCGACAGUGGGCGGACGAAACAACUCACACCCUGAAGAUCGAACCUAAGUACCACCGAGAAUUGAUUGGAGCACAGGGUAGUCAGAUUCUUCGCCUACAAAAUCGCUACGCUGUCCAUAUCAACUUUCCGAAAUCCGCAAAGCCUGGAAAGGAUGAUGAUUCCGUUGCGGAUGCAGCCAGCGAAGCUGGAAAGCCUCGGCGACAGCAAGCCCCUGAUGAGGUCACGAUCAGAGGUCCGAAGAAAGGUGCAGACGAAGCCCGUGACGAGAUCUUCUCUCUCUACCAAUACCUGAAAGAAAAUUCAUUUAUUACCACCGUAACUGUGCAACAAAAACAACUUCCAUCGCUAAUUGGUUCUGGCGGUGCCGGUAUGGAUGAGCUUCGCCAGACUACAGGUGCUAAGAUUGAUAUCCCCAACGACCGCAACGAAGCUGAAGACGCGUUGGUGGAGAUUCAAAUCAAAGGUACUAAAGCGCAGGUUGCGGCCGCCAAGAAGAUUAUCGAAGAGAAGAAAGCAGUUUUCGAUGAGACCGUCACGAAGACACUAGAAAUUGAUAGGAAGUGGCAUAAGAAUUUGAUUGGUCCUGGUGGCUCUACACUUCGCGAUAUCGUCAUUAAAGCCGGAGGGCCAGAAGACAGGCGCCUCCAGGCUCGAACCAUUCAGUUCCCCAAGCAAGAUGCAGAUGGAAAUUCAAUCAGAAUCGAAGGGCGGCAGGACGUUGUCGACAAGAUCAUUGCUAGCAUUCAGAGCCUUGUAUCGGACCGCGAGAGCCAGGUCGCGGAGACUGUUGAGGUGCCCGUCGAGAAACAUCGGUCGCUUAUUGGGCGAGGUGGCGAGGCAAAACGCCAGCUCGAAUCUCAAUUCAAUGUCUCUAUCGACAUUCCGCGGCAAGGGAGCGGGUUAACUGGUGUGAAAGUAGUCGGCCAGCCUGCUGCUGUUGAAAAAGCGAAGGAACAUUUGUUAUCGACAAUUAAAGAGCAACAAGGCGAGACAAUCCAGGUCCCGCGGAAGUAUCACCACGCUAUCUCGGAGAAUGGUCAAUUCUUCAGAAGGCUUAGAAGCGAACAAAAGAUUACUGUAGAUCAUGCUGGCCACUCUGUACCACCGAAGCCCAAGCCCUCGUCUACGAGAACUAACACAGGUUCGCUGCCUUUGAUAACGGACGACGCUGAGUCCUCCUUAGAUGCGCAUAGUUGGUCUAUUGUUGAUAACGCCUCCUCUGAGGACGGUGACAUUCCGUGGGUACUAAGAGGCAACCCGGAAAAUAUCGAAAAGGCAAAGAAGGUUAUUACAGCGGCACUAGAGCAAGCCCAGAAAAACAAUACUACCGGCUACCUCGUUUUGCCAGACCCGUCAACAUAUCGACAUGUCAUUGGGCAGGGCGGCUCUAAGGUCAACUCGAUUCGAAAGCAGAGUGGAUGUAAAAUCAACGUUCCACGUGACCAAGCUAGAGAUGAAGCCAUUGAGAUCCUGGGCUCCAAAGAGGGAUGUGAGAAGGCUAAAGAGCUCAUCCUCCAGGCCGUACGUGAAGGGCAGGCUGGAAGGCGAGAUUAGAGGUCUCGGCAAGCCACCCUAGCGAGUUAUUGUGCUGCUGAUAUGUGGUAGUCCGAAUGAGGCUAUAAAAGGACCCUGUGGAUUUGACUGAAUUAUCUGUAGAACACUCAUAAAAUCGGGCAAACAGGCAUAAAUAAAAAUUGAUACGAUAUUUAAUUCUACCUAUCUUAUGAACCUAUACGAAAUGCCCUAGUUUCUGUAACCAUUUAAUUUUUAUAAAAAUGCAGCUUAAUGCUCACAAUCGCAACAAAAUUUAA